AUGGAGAAGGCUGUCAGUCUGGAGAGUCUGAUCAUGGGUGUCAUAGAAAACACCUUCAAACAGAUGGUAAGACACAGGCACGCUCACAGCAUAUCACCUUAUUUUGUGAAAUAGCGUUCUACUAGUCUCGUGAGACCAUCCUUCCAAAUCUCCUCUCAGCAAAGCCUCGGCAUCUGAGGCUUUUACCACCUUAGGAUGAGAGAGGGGAUACAGUAGCUAUUGAGCAAAAUGGGUUUCCCAGAAUCAAAUGCAAUGAUUAUUUUUCUUUAGGCAGUCUUUAUCUCUCAAUGUACUCUAAUAUUUCAUGUUAAGUAUAACCUCUUUAAUGCAAUAAGUGCUGCUGACUUUAUUCUGCAACCCAAUGAAUGAAUGAAUGAAUAAGCUUUUGCUUUUGUUUUCGGUUCCUGUUCUGUUGAUUACAGGAUGAACUGAUAGAGAAAGAGAAGAUGUCCUAUACCAUUUCUGGUGGCUGUUGUGCCUUGGCUGCCAUUCAUUUGAUGGGGAAGCUCUACGUUGCCAAUGCAGGAGACAGUAGGUAGGUCAACAGGUCCAACAGAUAGCAGCAGGAUUGAUUAAUGCCCUAGCCUAAUGGCUAAUGACUGUUGUAUUACAGGCCUACUUGUUGUACACAUUCAACUCAAUGUAUUUGAUUUCAGUCAUUCAAUGCAGAGUUGAGGUUAAAGGAAGUGACACCAUGAUGCCCAAAGCCAUUGAUUCCAAUAAGUUUCCUUUGGUCAUUCUCAUAAUAAUGUCACACAGCAGUUCUUUUGACCUCUGUUGGCCACUCUUUGUACUGCAACAUAAUUCUUCAUGAACUGUAAGCUCCUGGUAGAACUUGCCCAGAGGCACAGAUCUAGGAUCAGUAUACUGCUUGUCAAUCUUAGUCUAGACCUACCUUAGAUCAGCGUCUAGGGGCAAUAAUCAUCCUGUAACAUCCCUGGACUUCGUGCUGUGUCUUCCCUCUUAACACCACAUUAUCUGUCCUGAGUGUCCUCCUAAUAUGGGGUCACAUUAUGGCGUCUGUCUUUGUCUUCAUACAGUAUGUCGUUGUCCCUCCCAUUGAAAUAGAAUCACUACUCAUUCUACUUUGGUUCUUCCUCUGUCUCUACAGAGCCAUCAUCAUCCGUAACCGUGAAGUCAUCGCCAUGUCUAACGAGUUCACACCAGAGUCUGAGAGGCAGUGCCUGCAGUAUCUGGUGAGGUCUGGGUUAAUUCAUGUAUUUAUGUAUUCCUUAUUUAAAAGGGAGAUUCACUCAUAAAUUAAAGUUUGUCAGAUGUUUUCAGACUUUAGAGGAAGGCCCUCAAAAUUGUCAAAGACUCCAGCCACCCUAGUCAUAGACUGUUCUCUCUGCUACCGCACGGCAAGCGGUACCGGAGUGCCAAGUCUAGGUCCAAAAGACUUCUCAACAGCUUCUACCCCCAAGCCAUAAGACUCCUGAACAGCUAAUCAUGGCUACCCGGACUAUUUGCACUGCCCCCCCACCCCAUCCUUUUUACGCUGCUGCUACUCUGUUAAUUAUUUAUGCAUAGUCACUUUAACUCUACCCACAUGUACAUAUUACCUCAACUACCUCAACUAGCCGGUGCCCCCGCACAUUGACUCUGCAACGGUACCCCCCUGUAUAUAUAGCCUCCCUACUGUUACUUUAUUUUACUUCUGCUCUUUUUUUUCUCAACACCUUUUUUUGUUGUUGUUUUAUUUUUCCUUUUUUUGUUAAAAAUAAAUGCACUGUUGGUUAAGGGCUGUAAGUAAGCAUUUCACUGUAAUGUCUGCACCUGUUGUAUUCGGCGCAUGUGACCAAUAAAAUUUGAUUUGAUUUGAAAACAUCUGAGAAAUCUUGAUUUUAAAGUGUAAUGCCCCUUUAACCAGGUGAGUCCCAUCACCACGGGAUAUGAAUUGCUUUUCCAAGGGUGCCCUGGCCACGAGGAAGGUGCAGGGGAGAGGGAGGGUGAUGUUAUUUAAUGUCUGAUUCAGACUACAUCUAUAUUAAUUGUCUGCUUGGUCUAAGUUAAGCUGGAGUGGGUGGCUGUGUUGGAGAGUGGUGGAACCUCCAGGGAGAGGGAUGAAUAGUACUGUUGAUUGUGCAUCACAGCUAUAUAAUGUUCCGCCCUCACUUUUCUUACUGCCAUGACACUUACUUGACAAUAUGUUUAUCAGGGUUGGGGUAAAUUCCAUUUCAAUUCCAGACAAUUCAGGAAGUACACUGAACUUCUUGAAAGAAUAGAAUCAGUAAUCCCUAACCCGUAAUCCUAUUGUAUUUUUGCAGGGCUUACAAGACCAUCGUAGAAGACGACCUCAAGUUCCCACUCAUAUAUGGAGAGGGCAAAAAGGUGAAACACUUCGUCAUGUUUAUGGACGUUGGGUCCUGGUGGACAUCAUAACAGAACAGCACAGUAGAUGUAUGGUGCUGUAAGGUCUACCAUGGGUAGGUCCACAGUAGAUGUAUGGUGCUGUAAGGUCUACCGUGGGUAGGACCACAUUUUUCCUGACCACCUGACCAGGUAAAACCCUGCCCAAGACAUGGGACAUUGGAUUGGCUAUACAGUAAAGUAUAUCUGGGUCUUCAAACCACAUGUAGAGUUGCUGUUAUCCUCCCACCCUCGUCAUGUUUCCCUGACAGGAAGAAUGCUUAGCUGCUUAGCUUAGUUGUUCCCCACUAUGAAAUCAGGGAGGGAACUGUGGAUCUGUCUCCGUCCGUUCGUACUUUAGUCACACGCGAUGUCUCAGACAGCACUGGCCUGAUUUUGACUAAACUUGGGCUUCUUGCCAUAGAGAUCUGGCAUUUACAAAAUUACACUGAUUGGCCCCAAGGCGGGAGCUAAAGUAAUGAACAGAAAUGUGUUAGUCACACGCAAUAUCUCAUUUGGCCCAAGGGGGGUUGCCUUGUUUACGCUGCAGGACAGUUCACCUGCAGUACAGACAUAGCAAGAUAUAACUUUUAGUUGUUCGUUCCACUGUAUGUGUGGGAGGAUUUCAUGGUUGUUACUGAACUCUCCCAGUCUUUACCUGUGUGGUUGUUACUGAACUCUCCCAGUCUUUAGCUGUGUGGUUAAAGAUAAAUGCUCCUGAGUCACAUUUUUCUCAAAUCUAAGCAUAUCCACAGGCACUAACCCACAUUUUGUGUUUGUGUGUGUGUGUGUGUGUGUGUGUGUGUGUGUAGACCCGUGUCAUGGCCACCAUUGGGGUAACACGUGGCUUAGGGGAUCAUGACCUGAAGGUGUAGAACUCCAACAUCUACAUCAAGCCCUUUCUCUCCUGCUGCCCAGAGGUGAAUGAGAGAUGUCAUGCUGUUUGUGUCUAGAACCAUGUAUCGCCCACCAUCUGCCAGAUCAAGGCUUGUCUAGAAGCAUCCCAGUGUGUUCCGAAUCUUGGACGACAUCUAAUGACAUACGUUUACUUUAUUUUGGCUCAUCAAUGUAUAUAUUGUCGAAGGUAUCUGAUCCAAAUUCAUUGCUAGAUGAUUUAUCCUAUUAUUAUAGCCAUGUUUAAUACUCUGCAUACACUCCUUCCCUCCCUUAUCUCCUACAGGUGAUAGUGUACGACAUGUCUGAGUACAAGCAUGGCCCUGAUGACGUGCUGGUGAUGGGUACAGAUGGGCUGUGGGACGUGACCACGGACAGGGAGGUAGCAGACGCAGUUUCAGGCUUCCUGUCCUGCUGCGAGCCCACUGAUCCUGUGAGGUACUGUACUGUAAUCUCUAGUCUAUAAUCUACACAGUAUAAAGUCCUGUAGCCAAAUAUUAGACCUCUGAUUAAUUAUUGAAUGAAUUAAUAAGAUGAGGUCUAAGGGCAUUCCAUAGCGACUGCGUUCGAGAUAACUCAUGGGUCAAAGUCUGUGCCUGCUAGCAGCAUGUGUCCCACGUCCACAGCUACAUCCAGAAUCGGUAGACAGUUCUGAUUGAAGAAUCGCUGUUUGUGUUGCCGAGCAGUGAACAAGAAACGAUUAAAUCCCGUUUUUAGAUGCUACCCACCCAAAUACAAAUCUAAUAUGGAUGCCAAUGUUUUGUUUUCACUUUACGUGCACACUUGCCUGUGGUUCCCACCUGUCUGUGGUUCCCACCAGUCUGUACCUGUCUGUGGUUCACACCUGUCUGUUGUCAGCUAAUGAGUCCCACAAAACAGGCAGGUGCUGCCCCAGAUGGGUAGUAAAGGAAACACGCAAAGCUAUAACAAAACAUUGCUGCACUGCAUUUGUAAGAUAAAUAUUAAUAUCCUUGCAAUAUACUUCACUUUUGAGAGGCAUUGAACUAUGCACUGAUUCAGAGAUGUCUGAAGGACAACAGGGAAAGCAGGCAAUAACAGAGUCAAAGAAUGGCAGGGCAAAGGGGCAUUCAAUUAAGAAUAUGCCGCGGCUAUAGGUCUAUAGAGGUCAGCUAAAACUUGAAAAUGAGUACUGAGUCAUAUCUGGACUAGGCCAACAUAAUGGAUGGACCACAUUCAGAAACUAACCAAACGCAGAGACACAUACAGUGAGGGAAAAAAGUAUUUGAUCCCCUGCUGAUUUUGUACGUUUGCCCACUGACAAAGACAUGAUAUGUCUAUAAUUUUAAUGGUAGGUUUAUUUGAACAGUGAGAGACAGAAUAACAACAACAAAAAUCCAGAAAAACGCAUGUCAAAAAUGUUGUAAAUUGAUUUGCAUUUUACUGAGGGAAAUAAGUAUUUGACCCCUCUGCAAAACAUGACUUAGUACUUGGUGGCAAAUCCCUUGUUGGCAAUCACAGAGGUCAGACGUUUCUUGUAGUUGGCCACCAGGUUUGCACACAUCUCAGGAGGGAUUUUGUUCCACUCUUCUUUGCAGAUCUUCUCCAAGUCAUUAAAGUUUUGAGGCUGACGUUUGGCAACUCGAACCUUCAGCUCCCUCCACAGAUUUUCUAUGGGAUUAAGGUCUGGAGACUGGCUAGGCCACUCCAGGACCUUAAUGUGCUUCUUCUUGAGCCACUCCUUUGUUACCUUGGCCGUGUGUUUUGGGUCAUUGUCAUGCUGGAAUACCCAUCCACGACCCGUUUUCAAUGCCCUGGCUGUGGGAAGGAGGUUCUCACCCAAGAUUUGACGGUACAUGUACAUUUGAGUCCAUCGUCCCUUUGAUGCGGUGAAGUUGUCGUGUCCCUUUAGCAGAAAAACACCCCCAAAGCAUAAUGUUUCCACCUCCAUGUUUGACGGUGUGGAUGGUGUUCUUGGGGUCAUAGGUAGCAUUCCUCCUCCUCCAAACACGGCCAGUUCUCCUCUGAAUCAUUCAGAUGUUAUUUGGCAAACUUCAGACGGCCCUGUAUAUGUUCUUUCUUGAGCAGGGGGACCUUGCGGGCGCUGCAGGAUUUCAGUCCUUCACGGCGUAGUGUGUUACCAAUUGUUUUCUUGGUGACUAUGGUCCCAGCUGCCUUGAGAUCAUUGACAAGAUCCUCCCGUGUAGUUCUGGGCUGAUUCCUCACCAUUCUCAUGAUCAUUGCAACUCCACAAGGUGAGAUCUUGCAUGGAGCCCCAGGCCGAGGGAGAUUGACAGUUAUUUUGUGUUUCAUCCAUUUGCGAAUAAUCGCACCAACUGUUGUCACCUUCUCACCAAGCUGCUUGGCGAUGGUCUUGUAGCCCAUUCCAGCCUUGUGUAGGUCUACAAUCUUGUCCCUGACAUCCUUGGAGAGCUCUUUGGUCUUGGCCAUGGUGGAGAGUUUGGAAUCUGAGGACAGGUGUCUUUUAUACAGGUAACAAACUGAGAUUAGGAGCACUCCCUAAUCUCAGCUCGUUACCUGUACAAAAGACACCUGGGAGCCAGAAAAAACCUUUCUGAUUGAGAGGGGGUCAAAUACUUAUUUCCUUCAUUAAAAUGCAAAUCAAUUUAUAACAUUUUUACAUGUGUUUUUCUGGAUUAUUUUGUUGUUAUUCUGUAUCUCACUGUUCAAAUAAACCUACCAUUAUAAUUAUAGACUGAUCAUUUCUUUGUCAGUGGGCAAACAUACAAAAUCAGCAGGGGAUCAAAUACUUUUUUCCCUCACUGUAUAACAACAUGCUUGGUAGGCAUAACUAAAUAAAUAGCUUGACAUAAAUAUGGCAACGCCUUAUUCAUAAACCAUAAUCUAAUAAACCAUUGCGGUAGGACGAGACAAUACCAGGACACAUGGUCAUAUAGGUAAGAGCCACACAUGAAGUUCAGCAGUAGCAUAAAUAUGUAAGCAUAGUCAACAUUGUACGAAUAAUACUCACGACUCAAACUAUGAAUAGGCCAUCUCUACAACUUCCAUUACCAGAUGCACAUUUCCCUCUCUUUUUCUGUAAACUCACCGGACGCCCAAGGCGACGGAGCCAGGGAGGUGAUUGUCCAACAUACCAGAGGCAGAGAAUGGCUGGUUGCCUUGUCAUGGAAGGAUGUGAUUCAUAUCAGGGGAAUACAUUGUGAGAGGGCUUAUACUAUUACAGUUGCUACCAAUUAACACAGAGUAGAUAUCACAGGAGGUUGGUGGCACCUUAAUUGGGGAGGAUGGGCUCAUGGUAAUGGCUGGAGCAGAAUAAGUGGAAUGGUAUCAAAUACAUCAAACACAUAGUUUCCAUAUGUUUGAUGUCAUUCCAUUUGCUCCGUUCCAGCCAUUAUUAUGAGCCAUCCUCCUCUCAGCAGCCUCCACUAUUAGAUAUUGAAUAGCAGGGACGGCCUGUUCAAUAGGGCGAUAUGGGCGACGCACUGCCAAACGGGAAAAGGAAGGGAUUUUUUUUCUAAUCAAUAAUAUCACGGCAACAGUAGUUAUCAGUGUUCACGUCUGAUCUGCCAGCCACUAAAUGUCAAAUCAGGCUAAAGUCGUGCUUCAAAUGGCCCCGCCCGUUUUUGGGGCGAUUUCAGUCAAGUUGAAAAUCGCCCAGAAGUCUCUCAUAGCCUGUCAUGUAAAAUCUAUUUUUUUCAAAUUUCAAAGCUUUCAAUACAUUCUCUAUGGGUGUCUGUGGGCUUGCACUUACGCGCUUUCGUCAUACGUGACGUAACCAUGAACGUAACUAAGACAAUAGCGGCUAGCAGCGUCUCUGUUGCGACCUGCAGUGUGGCGUUAUUUUAUGUUUUUAAUUUGUAGACUUAGUUUACAAACAUUCUGCCAACCAUGGAUUUCCAGUGGUUGGUCUUGGACUGAUCUUGUUGAUCGUGUACAUACCCGCUACGAACGGACUAAAUAAUGAAAACGCUGCUGGCAGCGGAAUCCAAUACAGCAGGGAGUUUUUUACUACAAUGCAACUCAAAUACGAACGCGAUGGAUAUCCCAAUGGCCCAUCUAAUACCUGAUUGUCUGCGAGUGGAUUACAAACCCAAAUGCAAACGUGGAAAACGCGGGGGAAUCAGACAACGACUUUUAAAAAAUUAAGAACAAAGUUCCCUUACCCACCACCUUGCUGAUUAAUGCCCAGUCACAGAGGGGGAAAGCGGAUGAGUUGUCAGCGAAUCUGCGCUUCCAACACGAAUAUCGGGAGGCCUGUUUGCUGGCAUUUACUGAGACUUGGCUGGAUGACAGAGUCCCGGACAGAGAAGUGGAGCCGGCCGGCUUCACCCUGGUCAGAGCGGACCGCGAUCCUGGUAAGAGAGCGACUCUGUACCCCGACAUUGAACUGCUUUCUGUGUCAUUGCGACCUUACUAUCUGCCCCGUGAGUUCCCCCAAUUGUUUGUUACCGUUGUGUACUGUUGAUAAUCACAAGUUUACUGGAGAACUGAGACCAAGUAGAGACUUUGGACAGGGUGGAUAAUGGUAUAAUAUAAGGCAGUUUAUUCAGAGGUAAAGAUAUCUGGAAUCGCGUGCACGGACCCGUUCGUCAAUCUCGUAGGGAGAUAUCUGAAGAGAGAGCCCCGAAACAUUGUGUGCUGACAUUUUAUACAAUAAAAUGAAGUAGGUUGAAUCUAGUAGUUCUGAUCUUCUGAUUGGUCCUGAUGAGUUGGGCGAGGUCCCCUCCGGGUUAGUAUCACUGUUGCAUUGGCUCUGAGUCGGGUUCUCUGUCUUCAGAUGUUCAGCCUAAGAGAAGGGGAUUUUUGUGUGUGUGUGUGUGUGUGUGUGUGUGUUUAACAGUGAUGAUGUGUGUGUGUGUGUGUGUGUGUGUGUGUGUGUGUGUGUGUGUGUGUUAUCAGUGAUGAUGUGUGUGUGUGUGUGUGUGUGUGUGUGUGUGUGUGUGUUUAUCAGUGAUGAUGUGUGUGUGUGUGUGUGUGUGUGUGUGUGUGUGGGUGUGUGUGUGUGUGUCCUCAGAGCAAGAACUCGUGAGUUGGAAGAACUGAGAGACCUAUGGCGUGGGUGUUGUCCUUAGCCACCUGCUGACAAGGCUGACAAGAUAGGACUCUUUUGUCCAUUGUAUUGAAUACAAAGGCCCAACACAAAAUGGGUCAUGCACAAGAUUUUAGUCAGACCAAGCUAUAACAUUAUAUAUUUACUACGACAGUACAUUCAACCAAAAGCUAAUAUAACAAAGGCAUCAGAGAUUAUUUAUAAUCUGUCACAGAAACUGGAAUCCAUCUCCCCAGAUCAGUCAAUAAAUGCUUCUGGUAUUGACUUAUAUGCUGCCCCUGUCUUCAUGUUGUUGCUGGACAUAUCUUUUUUAAAAUUUGUGUAGGUCACCUAAAUCAUCAGAAAAAUUGCCCCUCCUGAGAAUUUGUUCAGGAGCCGCCACUGUUGAAUAGUCAGGUGGCCUUGAAAGAAACUACUGAAUAUUGGUUAGUAAAGGAGGAGUAAUUAAACAAUAUCUCCACUAGAGGUCAGUAUCUAGCCUGUACAAAUGACUACGGUACUUUUGAAAUGGCAAUACCAUUUGGACAAACACCUUCACAUAACACAUAUUUGGGAUGCAGUACAUUUCAAAUUCAAUUCAUGAACAUAAAAAAAAAAAUACACAUUUGAAAUAAAUUGCACUCAUCCAGAUACACACUGGCCGCCCAGGACCUGUUGAUGCGGUCGCGAGGGGUCCUGAAGGAGAGGGGCUGGUGGUUACCCAAUGAGAGGCUGGGUUCAGGAGACGACAUCACUUGUUAUGUGAUCCCCUUGGCGGGACCGGCCAGUGUCACUCCGUCCCUCCUACCCUACCCUGGGGGAGGGGCAAAGAAAACACCUCCCUUAUAG